UCUAACCUAUUUUCCAGAAUUUAAUUUCACGUGGGAUUGUUUGAUAUACAUUUUUUCUGUUUUUUUUUUAUAAUAUGGGCAAGCAGCAGAAUUCCUUACCACGAAAAUCAGGCAAAGUCAAAAGAAUAUCAAAAACCGUUCCAGAGAAUCAAGAUUCAGAAUCCAAUGACGAGGAUAUUUUUACGGGAAUUGUUAACGAAGUGGACAGUUCAGAUUCCGAAAGGGAAAUAGAAGAAAGCGAUAAUGAAGAUAACGAAUCUAUUGAAGAACAAAGUGAAGAAGAUAGUGACAAUAUUUCAGGAUAUUCAGAAGAAGAAAGUGAAGAGUCAGGUGAAGAUGAAGAGGAUAGUUCUGCAAGUGAAAAUGAAGUCAAAGAAAGUUCCAGAAAGUAUCCAGAUGCAUCCAAAAGUGAAGAAGAGUCAGAAGAUUAUUUCAAAGAAGAUAAAGAAGGGACAUCAGAAACUAUGCAGCCUAGUGAAGAUAAUGGAAUAAAAUUACCUUCAAAAGACGAGUAUGAAGAUCAUGACACCAGUGAUGAAGAAGACAUUAGGAAUACUAUAGGCAAUAUACCAAAACAUUGGUAUGAUGAUUACAAACACAUUGGAUAUGAUUGGGAUGGGAAAAAAAUUAUCAAACCAGACACGGGUGAUCAUUUGGAUGACUUUCUGAAGAGAAUGGAAGAUCCUGACUUUUGGAGAACUGUUAAAGAUCCCCAAACUGGGCAAAAUGUAAUACUUAGUGAUGAAGAUAUUACUUUAAUUAAGAGGAUACAAGGUCAAAUGGUCCCCGAUAUAAACUUUGAUGAAUAUGCCCCUUGGAUUGAAUGGUUUACCAGCAAAGUAGAACAAAUGCCCAUCAGAAAGUUCCCCGAACACAAACGUUCUUUUUUGCCCAGUAAAAGUGAAGCAAAGAAAGUUUCCAAGUUAGUACAUGCUUUGAAAAUGGGGUGGAUCAAGACUCGAGAGGAACAAGCUAAAUUAAGAGCCAAAAAAGAGCCUCAGUUUUACAUGCUGUGGGAAACUGACGAUCAAGCUGAAGAGAUGAGAAGAAUUCACAAACACAUUCCCGCUCCAAAACGUUUGCUACCUGGGCAUGCAGAGUCUUACAAUCCACCGCCUGAAUAUUUAUUUGAUGCAAAAGAACUGAAAGAUUGGAAUAAACAGAAGAAUUCACCCUGGAAGAGAAAGUUGCAUUUUGUGCCACAGAAGUAUGAUUCUUUGAGAAAAGUUCCCGCCUAUCCCAGGUUCAUCAAGGAGCGUUUCCUGAGAUGUUUGGAUUUGUACUUGGCACCCAGAGCGAUAAAAAUGAAAUUAAAUAUUGAUCCUGAAUCUUUAGUACCUCAAUUACCAAGUCCCCGAGAUUUACAACCGUUCCCCACUGUAUUAGCUAUAGAAUACAAAGGGCACACAGAUAUGGUUAGAUCAAUUAGUACAGAAAAAACUGGGCAGUACCUAGUUAGUGGAUCCGAUGAUGGCACAGUGAAAAUUUGGGAAGUCAAUACAGGUCGGUGUCUCAAGACAAUACCCACAGGAGAUGUAGUGAGGUCCGUCGAAUGGUGCCCCAACUCUGCUCUCUCUUUAAUUCUGGUAGCAUCUGGCCAUAACGUAUUCCUAAUAAACCCAGACGUCGGCGAUUUUGUUGUGAGUAGCACAACAGACACUGUGCUUGAAGAAGCUCCCAAGUCCGAUGAAAUAAUCAUCGAAAGAAUCCGGACUACAGUUCAGUGGUGCGAGCCGGAGCAAGAAUUGCACUCUAAAGGUGUUAGGAUACAAUUAAAACACUUUAAAGAAGUCAGUCAAGUGACGUGGCACGGCAAGGGGGAUUAUUUCGGGUCGGUUAUGCCUGACGGGCAAAGUAAAUCUAUUUUAAUAUCCCAGAUAUCUAAAAGGAGGAGCCAGCUGCCAUUUACUAAAUCAAAAGGGUUGGUGCAAUGUAUUCUGUUUCACCCUACCAAACCCUAUCUGUUCGUGGCCACCCAGCGACACGUUCGAAUAUAUGACCUGAUAAAGCAGUCGCAGUUGAAAAAAUUGUUGACCAACUCAAAGUGGAUAUCAACCAUGGCGAUUCAUCCAUUGGGCGACAAUCUUCUAGUCGGAACGCAUGACCGCAAAGUGCUGUGGUUCGAUUUGGACCUGAGCACGAAACCCUAUCAGACUUUGAGAUUACACGGAACCGGUGUGCGUGGGGUCGCGUUCCACAAGAGGUAUCCCCUCUUCGCGACAGGCUCGGACGACAGGAGUUUGAUAAUUUCCCACGGGAUGGUGUACAACGACCUCUUACAAAAUCCCUUGAUCGUACCGCUGAAACGGCUUCAGAAUCACGAGCCUUACAACGACUUCGGCAUUUUCGCGGUGCACUUCCACCCCCUGCAGCCGUGGGUGUUUUCGUCGGGAGCGGAUGCAACCAUAAAGCUGUAUUCUAAUUAAAUCAUUCUCGUUAUAAUUUAUUUCUCCCUAAGAUAAAUAAACGGUAUAAAAA